GUUAGAUAGGGGUGUCUAUAGCCUGGAACAGAACGACACGAACAGAAACCGAAGUUUUGGAAAGCUGCAGCUGUUUGUUGAUCAGCUGUUUUUAAAAUUGUACUCAUUUUCUUUAUCAUUUUUAUCUGAAUAUUUAACAGUGACAUGCUGGACAAAGUGAAACACAUAAUACUGGUCCUGUCGGGAAAGGGUGGAGUUGGCAAAUCAACAGUUAGCACACAACUUGCCCUAACUCUCUCAGAAUCGGCAUUCAAGGUCGGUCUGCUAGACAUCGAUCUGUGCGGUCCCAGUGUGCCGUACUUACUCGGCCUAGAAGAGCACGAUGUCCACCAAUGCGAGGAAGGUUGGGUCCCGGUGUACACGAGUGCGGAAAAGAAUUUAGCCGUCAUGUCCAUAGGAUUCCUGCUGAAGAACCGAACCGAUGCCGUAAUCUGGCGUGGGCCAAAGAAGACGGCGAUGAUCAAGCAGUUUUUGGAGGAUGUCGCUUGGGAGGAUUUAGAUUACCUGAUUAUCGAUACUCCACCGGGGACAUCCGAUGAACACAUCACCGUUAUGGAAAAUCUGAAAACGGUCAACGCUGACGGUGCGAUCAUUGUGACAACUCCACAGGAGAUGGCACUGGAGGACGUUCGGAAGGAAGUGACGUUUUGCAAGAAAACCGGAAUCAAAAUAAUUGGGAUUGUGGAGAAUAUGAGUGGGUUUGUGUGUCCUAAUUGCUCGGAGUGUACGAAUAUUUUCUCGUCAGGAGGAGGAGUGGCACUGGCGGAGUUAGCGAAGGUUCCACAUCUAGGGACAUUGCCGAUUGAUCCAAGAGUGGGGGCAUUGGCUGGGUCGGGGAAGGCUUGCGUGAAGGAACUCCCAGAAUGCACGACAUCUAAAGUUCUUCGAAGCAUUGUUGAAAAUAUUAGCGCGGAUAAAUAGGUAAAGAAGGUGAGAUUUCUUCAAUUAUAA